CAGGACUUUUCAUUCAGCUGUUACUGACUAAGUAACAUUGAAAAGUAUAAAAAAGGAACUGUCAUAUCAAACAAAGGAAAAAAGUGUGUGUUUAUAAACGUGUUAUUGCAAUUGUAAAGCAUGUAAAGAUGUCAAAUAUCGGAGAGUAAAUCACACAAAUAUCUAUAACAAAGUCCAAAUGAUGCGCAUAUUUUGCAUUAAUCAUUGCAUGAAAUAUUCCACUCCUCUGUGGUGUGUUCACAGGUGUGUUCAGAUGCACUUGAGAAUAAAUCAGAAACAUUUAAGAGCGUCCGAAUAAUCUCGUGCAUGUUUUGUUUCGCGCUUACAUAUUUGGCUUUGAGCGUCACGCGGGCUCCUCCGCGCGUUGAAUAACACGCAUGUUCAUGCCAUUUCGCCACCCAUUUCUCGUUGACACGAUGCAUUAAAAGCACCAAUGCAUUCUUAAGUGGAGUUGUCAAGCAAGCAUCCGCACGCUCUCUCUCCUCCAGAGUUGACAGGAGGUAAUCCCCUCCAUGUGAGGAGGCGGCGCGGGCGCGGAGGCGUGUUGUUCACCAUUCAGAUCCUUACUAGUCCUAUAAAAAGAGGCACUCGGAGCCGGAGCGCGAGAGACUGUACGCACGCGACCGCGCACUCACCAUCUAGACCGGUCCGGAUGGGGGGCGUGGAGAUGCUGCAAGGCUCCGCAGGUGUCCAAAUUGCGCGGGCGCUGAAAAACGCCGCCGUGUGCCUGAUGCUGCUCCCCCGGUUCCUGCUGGCCGCCGUGAUGCUGUGGCUCCUGGACUUCCUGUGCAUACGGAGGAAGGUGCUGAUGAAUAUGCGCGAGAGCGAGGGUGGCAGUGGCAGCCCCGACGACCCGCCGCUGUGCGUGUCCGACUCCAACAAGAUGUUCACGGUAGAGUCGCUGCGCGCCGUGUGGUACGGCCAGAAGCUGGACUUCUUCAAGUCGGCGCAUAUGGGCGGCGCGGCGCCCAACACCGAGGUGGUCCCGCUGGACGACGGCGGCGAGCGGGCGCUGCGAAUCCUGGACUACGCCCGCGGCCGAAGACCCCUCAUCCUGAACUUCGGCAGCUGCUCCUGACCGCCGUUCAUGACGCGCCUGUCGGCGUACCAGCGCGUCGUGCGGCAAUACGCGGACAUUGUUGACUCGCUGCUGGUGUACAUCGAGGAAGCGCAUCCGUCGGACGGCUGGGUGAGCUCCGACGCGCCCUACCAGAUCCCCCGGCACCACUGCCUAGAGGACCGGCUCCGCGCCGCGCAGCUCAUGCAUCGGGAGGUGCCCGGGAGCGCGGUGGUCGUGGACACCAUGGACAACUCGUCCAACUCGGCGUACGGCGCCUACUUCGAGCGCCUCUACAUCGUCAAGGACCAGAAGGUGGUGUAUCAGGGCGGCAGGGGUCCGGAGGGCUACCGGAUCUCGGAGCUCAGAGACUGGCUGGAGCGCUACCGGAACGAUCUUGAAGGUUCUAGUGCGGUCGUGGUUCACGUUUAAGACGUGGAUGUUGUUAUUUUGUUUCUCCAGAUCACUCUUGUGUCCUUAUGAUGGAGUCAUUGGCUGUGUAUCAAAACCCGGCGACUGUCUGCACACUUACACAUGAAGGUUUUUGCACAUGUUUGGAGCACAUUGAGAAACUGUAGUAUGUUUGGAGUCCAAAAGUAUGAGCCCACUUGUGAACAUGCGCAUUUGCAUAACUAAUAUGAUGGAAAGUUUCAACAUUUACAAAUGCGUAUGAAUUUGAGCUGGCAUGAGACAAAAUUGAUGAUCAUAUGUUAUCCAAAGUGAUGAGAAUGAUCCAAAGAGCAUCUUGUGUUUCCCUGGAAGCAACGAAAAUCCCAGAUUUCCAAUGUGCUCUCAGACUUUUGGACGCCACUGUUUGUGCUUCUUUAGAGAUUAAAAAAAAAAAGCCCUUGAUGUUUCAUGAUGGGCUCUUCAGAUCCAUGUUUUGUGCUCAUCGAGUCAAACUUUUCAAGCAGGGGUCCACAGAGAAGAUUAUAAACGUGUAGAAUAUUCCUACAUUUCUAUCUAUGUUCUAGAGCGCUGCUGGUUUCAUGUUUAUGAUGUGGAUGUGUGUUCUUAUAAUGAAGUCAUUGGACGUGUUUCAAAACCUAGUGACUGUCUACACGCUAACAAGUACAGGUUCUGCAAAGAACUCUCUUCUAAUCAAGAACCAAUUUGGUUGUGUGUCAUUCUAGGGUCGGUUACACCGUCUAAAAAUGCCAUAACCACUUGAAAAUGUACCACAUGGGGUCUGUUCCAAAACCUAGUAAGCUGCUGCGCUGUUUACAUAGGCAGCAUCCUAACCAGGGCCGAUCUUUCCAAAACCUAGUAAGCUGUCUCGCUGUGUGCUGCCUACAUAGGCAGCAUCCUAACCAGGGCCAAUCUUUCCAAAACCUAGUAAGCUGUCUCGCUGUGUCCUGCCUACAUAGGCAGCAUCCUAACCAGGGCCGAUCUUUAGGGGGACAUGUAGUGGUCAAUUUAUUGGGUCUGUUCCAAAACCUAGUAAGCUGCCUCGAUGUGUCCUGCCUACAUAGGCAGCAUCCUAACCAGGGCCAAUCUUUCCAAAACCUAGUAAGCUGCCUCGCUGUGUGCUGCCUACAUAGGCAGCACCCUAACCAAGACCGAUCUUUCCAAAACCUAGUAAGCUGCCUCGCUGUGUGCUGCCUACAUAGGCAGCAUCCUAACCAGGGCCGAUCUUUAGGGGGACAUGUAGUAGUCACUUCA